AUGGACCAACUGACGCACCCUGCACAAGACCUCCUGGCGACAGCGGUCGCUCUUCGUCUUCUGCGGGCAGAUGCCUUGUCGGCCGGGCGCGGGGCCCGGGAAGGGGCCGGGCCGCGGGGGGCGGGCCGCGGGGGCGGGCCGCGGGGCCGGGCCGCAGGUCGCGGGCCGCAGGAGGAACGACGCCCCUUCGAGCUGGAGCUGCACAUCCAGUCCGAGUGGCAUGCUGGCCGCCGUAUGGAGCUCCUCUACGAGAGGCAGCGGGCGCAGCACCACGAGGUGGAGUUUCUGAGUAGGUACCGCGGGAACUACAACUACGGGCGCGAUGAAGGCCCUGUCCACUGGGUGCCUCCGGAAGAGUUCCGCGACUUCGGCGGCGAGGAGGACUACGAAGGCGCUGUAUUCGAUGCCCACCGCCACCACAAGCGGCACGAGAUCACCUACAGAUACACCGAGCGCGACCCGGUAGCGCGAGAGAGUGACCUGGAGAAGACUCAGCGGAUGCAGGAGUACUGGUGGCUGCGACAACAGGACGCAAUAGAAGUUGAGCAGGCGGAGAUCGAGGCACUCCGGGAGGAGAUCAGCGGCCUUGCCGCCGAUCGCCGCAGCGCCAUGGCUCGCGAGGCGGAGCUCUUGAGCAUCCUUGAAGCCAAGGAGGCGCAGUUGCACGCGGGUCCGCAGUGGCGCGAGCCAGAGGAGCGGCUCAGGUACAUCGACGGAACGCAGCAGUAUGAGGUGCCGGACAGUCGCCAGCAGACCUUCUGGCAGCCAGGGCAGGUGCCAGACGACCGCCAACAGACCUACAAGCGGCCACAACAGGUGCGGCGGCGCAGCCGCCCACGCCACAAGGGCCACGACGAUGGCUGCGGACACUGCCUUUUCUGCGGCACCUGUACCUGCUUUACGAAUACGGGCGCCUUCCGGCGGCCGCAGUCCUCCCCGGCUCUUCGCGGCCGGCCUGAAACGGCUCGCCCGGCCAUGGCUUGCCAGGCUGCUGCUCCCGCUGCCAAAGGUAUGGGGUGCGGUUUCGGCACGCGAGUGCGGCCGCGGCCUCAAGUUCGGGCCGCAGCUGCGGGGUCCCCUGUCGGGUGCGGGUGCGGCAUGGGCACGCGCGUGCGCAUGCCUCGGCACUGGGCGGCCUUGGCGGAGAAUCCAGCGCCAGGUGCGACCGAACAGCAGCCUCUACAGGCGAGACCUGCGCAGCACGCCCCUCAAGUGCGUAUGGCCCAAUCGACACCCGCGAGGGAGGUGGCGGCCAUUUACGAGCAGGAGGCACAAGUCGCUUCCAAGGAGCCUGCGCCCCCAGCCGUCGUAGCCCAGCCGCCGCCUGCGCCGACUCCGCAAAAGCCUGCGGAGAAGGAACCCUCGCCGCCACCCUCGCCGGCACCGAAGAAGGAGGAGCCGAGCACUCCGCCUCUGGCAGCUCCGCGGGCCGCCUCCCCUCCUCCGCCGCAGUUUCGUCAAGGAGAAGCCGCGCCCCCGCUCGAGCCCGUAGUGGCAGUUCCCGUGCAGGCGCAGCCGGCCCCCUGA